GUUUUCACUCCAAAGCAACCUCCUCCUCUUCUUCAAACUCUACCUCUCUAUCUAUCUCCCUCCACCACCCUACACCACCACACUCUAAAUAUUUAUCCCAUCUUAAUUAGCCCACUUUUUUUUUUUAAAUCUUCCACUGCCACCUUCUUUAUCUCUUUUUUAAAGUUUUUAAGUAAUUCUUAUAGUUACAGACUCUCUCAUCCCCAUAAAUUAUAUUUUUUCAGUCAAAACAACACAAGCUAGCAAUGACUAGAUUAUUUCGAUCCAAAUCAUGCGGACUGGUUGGUCUCACCGAGUUCAACUCUGUCCCUCCGGCUCAGGGUCCAUUGUUCCACAACAACCAGAACAAAAACGAGGAAGAAGAUGAAGAAGAAGAUGAUGAGUACGAGGUUGAGGAUGAAUAUGGUAGCGAUGUUUCAGUGGAGCCCAUUUCGAGAACCCGUUUCAAGAGUAGGAGUUUAAGUCCGAGGUCAAGAAGAGGCGCUGAUAAUGAUAAAGGUGCAGGACAACAACAUCAAUGUCAUCAGUUUCCAAUACUGGAUAUUCUGGCCGCGGCUCUGAGGAAGUCUUUGGUGACAUGCAGUGUGGAGACAUCAGAGGAUGUUUCUUCCAUGGAUAUAAGCUGGCCCACCCAAGUCAGGCAUGUUUCGCAUGUCACUUUUGAUAGGUUCAAUGGCUUUCUUGGCUUGCCUACUGAGCUUGAGCCUGAGCUUCCCUGGAGGGUGCCUAGUGCCAGUGCAAGUGUAUUUGGAGUUUCUGCCAAGUCAAUGCAGUGUUCUUAUGAUGAUAGAGGGAACAGUGUUCCAACAAUUCUUCUUAUGAUGCAAAAGAGGUUGUAUUCAGAAGGAGGCCUUAGAGCAGAAGGAAUAUUCCGAAUUACUGCUGAGAAUAGCCAAGAAGAGUAUGUCCGGGAUCAGCUAAACAGAGGUGUAGUGCUGCAUGGUAUUGAUGUUCAUUGUUUAGCAGGCUUGAUAAAGGCAUGGCUGAGAGAACUUCCAACAGGGGUACUUGAUUCUCUCACACCAGAACAGGUGAUGCACUGCAAUACAGAAGACGAUUGCACUCAACUUGUAAAUUUACUUCCUCCUAUGGAAGGUGCACUGCUUGACUGGUCUGUCAAUUUGAUGGCGGAUGUUGUGCAGCACGAACAAUUCAACAAAAUGAAUGCACGCAACAUCGCUAUGGUUUUUGCACCCAACAUGACUCAGCUGGCAGAUCCUUUGACUGCAUUGAUUCAUGCUGUCCAAGUUAUGAACUUCCUCAAGACACUGAUUCUGAAGACCCUUCGAGAAAGAGAGGAAUCAGCUACCAAGGCUAGGCAACUAUCUUCAUGUUCAGAUUCUCCCAUCCACAAUGAUGACCCAGUAUCUUCGAUGUCAAAUGGUAAAGAAUCCCGUGAGCGAACUUCUGAUCCUUGUGCUGCCGAUAGACCUACCAACAUUAACUUCUUGAGGACUGCCACAUUGGACAGACCGGAAUCCAACACUAUGGAGAAACUUUGGAGCUUUCAUAGGAAGAGUGAUGGGGAAGAGGAAGAGGAAGAGGAAGAAGAAGAGGAAGAUGAAUUUGAAUACGAGUCAGGUAGUGACACACCUACAAGGUUUGAAAUGGGAGCUUUAGAAAAUGGAUGUAGAAGUAGAUAUGAUACUGGGGACUGGCUAAGUUUGAGGAAAGGAGUGAGGAGGCUAUGCAGGCAUCCUGUGUUCCAAUUGAAUAAGCCGCCUAAGAAGACUCGAAGUCUUGGCAUUAUAAAUACUAGGGGCUGAGGUGGAGAAACUUGAGCAUGGAGUGGGCACUGAAUGGUUCCUGCCUUGGGUAGUUUGUGGUGUUUGUGUAAACCUUAUAAUAGUAUAGAUGUUAGGUCUGUUUGGUUCUGUAGUAACAUGUGAGCAGGCACUAACUAAUAUAGUGUAAUGAAUCAACAGUGAUUUCUGAGGGCAGCCUCAGGUUGUAUGAGUUGUAAGCACUUGGUUUGGUUUAAUAACAAUGUCAGAGAUCUGAUUGAAGUGAAAAGAUGAUGCAGCUUGGGAUGCAAUAAGUUCUGAAUUUAGGGAUGCUUGAAUUGAAGAACAAGGAAGGAUGUUAAUACUUACGGUGCAUGAUUAAGGAGAUGCAGAAAAAUGAUAAUGAGGAAAAUGUGUUAAAUUACCCAUUGUCCCAAAAACUUUUUAAGUUUUUAGAAAAUGGGGAAUGCUUAGUGUUGGGAAGGAAGAUAACACUUUGAGGAGAUUCCAAUUAAGCUCUUAAUAUAGAUAUAGGGACACUACUUAACUCAAAAACCUAUAUUUACAGGUUUGGGUCUAGUUAUGUUGUAUUAAUUUCUCAACUUCUUGUCUAUGUGAAACUUCCAUUCACACACAUAUAUCCAACUCCUUUUAUUUUUGGAUUGAUA